CUCAAAUGACGCUGGCAAAUAACCAUUACGAGAUAGUUUAGUGGUGGUUGUGGAUUCUAGACCCGUAUUCUACAUGACACAUUUUAAAUUACUUAUUGACACUAGUAUAUCACAUAAUAGUGAUCAUAAAAAAUUGUAAUGUUUUUGUGAGUCUUUCGCUUUAAAAAAAAAAAAAAAAGAAUUCUCCCGACAAAACUGCUGAUUUUUUAUAAAACAAAAAACAAAAAGAUGCCGGCAAAUACUAGUAUAUGCUUCAAAAAUAAUGCCUAGACAUAAAUAGUAAAGACAACAAAAAAAGUAAAAAAUAUAUUGGUAAAAACGAGUUCCUAAGGACAAGGAACAACAGACAACGAAAGGACAAGGGCGGAGAAACGGUCGGAGGAAUCGGCCCUUGACUUUAUUGGUAUAUUUGAGGGAUCGGGCCUCCUCCGUUUCUCUUUCUCUGACUUGCCACUGCCAAAAAAAACAAAGAGUUUGUUCCGACAAUGGAGAGCCAGAGCCAGAGCUCGUGCCUGUCGUACGAGAAGAUCAACGGCGUCGCCAGCUGGCUUGGGACCCACGUUGCCUCCGCCUUCUUCACCUCCCUCGAGCGCUGCUCCUGCAUCAACCUCUCCACCUCCGACGACCAGGAAACCAACCCCGAGGAGGCCCACGACCGCCCCCUCAUGCUCUUCGCCUCCCGCUCCGUCAACCUCAGCGACCACCGCCCUCACUACAUUUUUUCCUCUUCCUCCGCCUCCUCCUCCUCCUCCUCCACCCCCCCACCAAAAGACGUCGUCAACCUCCCCGUCUGAAUGGGUGCAUCGGAUCAACUGGGGUCGUUUUUGCUUCUUCUCUCUCUCUCUAGGAUUAUAUUUUCUUCAUGAAGUUUUGUUUUUUUUUUUUUUGGAUUAAUUGGGGUUGGUUUGUAUGAUUAAAUUCAAAAUGUUUUUCUUGCUGGUGAAUUUGUUUGCCUGGAUGUGAUGUGUUGUUGUAAACAUGUAACAGUUAACGUGGACUGGUAAAAAAGGUCUCCUCUCGUUUCUGUUU